AUGCUCCAAUUCUUUGGUGCCGUUCAGCAUCUUCACAAGAAUUGGAUACUCCACCGUGAUCUCAAACCCAGUAACAUAUUACUGUCGUAUGAAGGUGUACUCAAAGUGGCAGAUUUUGGAUUGGCGCGAAAAUAUGAAUUGCCUCCCCGGCAAUACACGCCGGGUAUGGUUACCUUAUGGUACCGGGCGCCUGAACUGUUGCUGUUUGCAAAUGAAUAUUCUACUUACAUCGACAUGUGGAGUAUCGGAUGCAUAUUUGCGGAGUUGAUUACAUUGCAACCUCUGUUUCCUGGAAGUUCUGAGUGUGAUCAGCUAUUCAGAAUAUUCGAGGGUUUGGGAACACCUACAGACACAACUUGGCCCGGCUACAGUGAAUUAUCUGUAGGUAAAAUAACGUUUAAAAACCAUCCAACCGGUCGACUGCGGGAAACAAUGAGUAAUCUCCUUUCUGAAGAUGGGCUAUCGCUACUGCAAGACUUUUUGCUGUAUGAUCAAGCGGCAAGAGUGACAGCAGACGCCGCUUUGAAUCAUCCGUAUUUCGAAGAAGAGCCGGUGGCGAUGGAGCCGGCCAUGUUCCUGCCAUCGCUGUGGUCAGAGUACGUCGAGCAGAACUCCAGCUCUAACAUGGGAGAGAGCGAGCAUUAA